CGUGGUGGUUUCAUCGGCCACAUCUGACUCAUGUUUCUCACUUUUCUGUCUCUCGUCUCUUUGUGUGUCAGAGAUGUCUGUAAAUAUUUCAGAGAGUGAAUGGAAAACAGCCCUGACCUCCAUCCUGGAGGAACUGGAAGAACAGCAAUACAAGAAGAUGCUGGGUUGUUCCUAUUUUCACAAAAUCCCCCAAAGUGUGAAGACUAGCAAGUCCAGAGAGGAGAUGCCUCAAACAAUCAUCCAGUACUUAGGAGUAGAUGAGUCCAUCUCUGCAACCAAUGAAGCAAUGCUGUUCAUUCCAAGGAUGGACUCUGCAGUCCAGAACAAGCUGCGUCCCUUUGUGAACAAACUGAGGAUCAAACAGGAAGAAGAGAGCAAAGAUCAACCGAUGAGCAGCAAAGCUGACACGGACCACAUCGUUACAUACCAGGAGCUGCGUAAAGGGGAUUUCCUCAUCAGUCAAAAUGGCAAAUACAAAGCUGUUUUCCAGCAAGACGGCAACUUUGUUAUUCUUGCUGACGGAGAUGACUCUCCCAUUUGGGCAACAGGAACAGCCGGUAAGAACGCGUUCAGGAUCACUGUGCAGCCGGACAACAACCUGGUCGUUUACACCGAACAAAACGAGCCGGUUUGGGCAUCCGACACCUGGCAGCACUUCUACGGGUACAGCAGAGCGAUGCGCCUCACUAUGACCAACGAGGGUAAACUGGUUCUUGACAAAGACGGAACGACUGUUUGGAGUGAUGGAAAAAAAUGGUAGUAAUGAGAGUUUCAGUCUGAAGUCAUGAUGUGAUAAGAAACAUGUGCU